CCGUGAGUCACCGUGAGAAAAAAUCGUAAGAAAAUGUCACGAACAGUGUGAAAACAAACAAACACAGGUGGUGCUGCAUUCUCCUGGGCUGGCUUGUUGAUUUCUGCUGUUGUUCCUGUCUGCCUGUGAGCCGUUUGUGAUGGAUUGCAGCCCAGUGGAUACGCUCAUUUUGAAAACUAUCGUACACACGGGCACGAAGGUGGUUCCGUUUCGUGAUGGCACGAGGGUAAAAUUCCACUACCAAACGAGAAAAUGUGACGAAUCGCGAACGCUUAUUGACGACAGUCGAACGCAGCAGAAACCAAUGGAGCUGGUGUUGGGCAAAAAGUUCAAGCUCGAGGUGUGGGAAUCGAUCGUACAGCAGAUGGCCCUGCACGAGGUGGCACGGUUUCGAUGCGAUAAAUCACUGGUAAUGCAGUACCCGUUCGUGUCGAAAACGAUCCGCGACUCGCAGAAACCGCGGGAGGAGCGGAAACACUGUUGCGGCAUGACGGUACAGAACGAAGGGAUCGGGUACAAGGAUCUGGACGAACUGUUCACCAACCCACAAGACCUGGAGUUCACCAUCGAAAUACUGUCGAUCGAAAGCCCGGAAGAGUACGAGAAAGAAUCGUGGCAGCUAAGUGACAACGAGAAGCGGUCGCUGGUGGAAAAGCUGCGCGAACAGGGCAAUGCAGCAUACAAAGCGAACAACCUUACCGCAGCCCUGGAGGCAUACUCGUACGCCACGGGCAUCAUCGAACAGUUGAUGCUGAAGGAAAAACCACACGAACCGGAAUGGAAUGAGCUGGCUCAGAUGAAGGUUCCACUGCUGUUGAACUACUCCCAGUGCAAGCUGUUCGAGAAGGACUACUAUGCGGUGAUCGAGCAUUGUACCGAGGUGCUGAAGUACGAUCAGAAUUGCGUAAAGGCGUGGUUUAGGCGUGGCAGGGCCCAUGCCGGUGCAUGGAACUUUGAUCGUGCGAAAUCCGACUAUGAACGUGCUGCCGAGCUGGACUCUAAUCUGCAGCCUUCCGUACGUAAGGAGCUGGCCAAGUUGCAGGAACAACAGCGCCUAAGGGAUAUAGAGGAUAAGUUGAAGUAUCAGAAGCUUUUUUAGAACUUUUUUUUAGUACAGUAAGGCAAAAGUAUAUAGUGCAAAGGUUUUUGGAAUAGUCUGCACUGGUUGUAGGCCUUAUGGGUUUGUUCAUUUUUAAAGGUAGGAGGUUAUUGUGACCCACUUCUACCUUUUUUUUCUCGCCGGUCGAGUUGUUUUUUUUUUUAGAAAGUUUUGUUUCUUUUUCGGGUUUUUGUUUUUGAACCGUUUCUGUUUUGUGUCUGUGUUUUGUAUUCAAUGUUUCUAUCUCUAUAUUAACCUGGACGGUCUUAAAUUAGCCGAUUGUGGUCUGAGUGCUAACACUUUUUGUGGCAUCAGACAGCGAAGAGAUGAAAGUGAUCAUGCCGCAUUUCAUACUGCAUCUAGAUAAGAGCAGUCAAUCAACAACCAUACAACAUAGCCGAAAAAAGAGAGCUAGUCUUCGCUAUGCUAUCAGUGUAUUAGCAUCGAGCGUGAUCAAUUUAUCUAGUUUAGCUCUUCAGCUAUAUUUUGGAGGUUUUUUGUUUUGUCUUGUCAAAUGAUUCGCUAUUUAUGACUUGAAUUACCUAUUACUGACUAGUCAGUCUAGGGAAAAUGGUCCUUUUUUGGGAGAUUGAAUGAUAUAAAUAUAUUUAUUUAUACACAUCCAUUUUCAUUCAUUUAGAUACUUAUUUUUCCCAGAAUUCCCAGACAAGCGAGCAUAUUUUUCAAGAACUCUUCAGCCGGUAACAAAUGAAUAGGCGUGUACAAUUCAAAAGCAGUUAAUUGAACACUUGAAAUCAUGUAAAGAAAAUCGUGGAAUGCGUAUAUUGGUGUUGGUUGUAUAAAAAAAAAGGUUGCUUAUUUAUGACAGGAUAGCCUGUUUAUCUAUAUCUUAUAGUUUCCUUCACUGUGUACACUGUUGCGUAAUGGAACCACACUAGUGCACAAUCAUCGUUCUCAAUUGAUUCCUUCACUCUUGUCCAAAGAUGAUUCAUGAGAACAUAUUUUGAGUAUUAGAUAGAUAAUUGUGCCAUUCGGAUCAGUCGUCCCUAGGGCCUUUUGUGCAAAAAAAGCUCAUCAAUUGGGAACACAAUCUCAUAGAUUUGGGCAUGAAUUGUUCCUAAAAAAUCAGGAAAUAUUCAUAUAAAUAGUGGAAUUAUGAUAUCACAGUA